GAUUUAGUGCAAAGUUAUGUGACAUAUCUAAUGAAUCGUUUGCUCUUGGAAAGGUCUACAAGGACAAAAAGCUAGUGAAGAAGUUGAAGAGAUCAUUGCCUGCAAAAUUUGAGUCAAAGAUUUCUGCAGUUGAAGAAGCUCAUAAUCUAGAUGAGAUAGCUUUUGAUGAGUUUGUUGGGAUCCUUCAAGCUUUUGAGUUAAGCAAAGCAUAUGAAGCUAAAGGAAAGAUGAAGAAGGUAGAUGAAGUGAAGAAGGAAGUUGACAUUGGAGUUGCUCUUAAAGGAUCAUCAACUGAAGAUUCAAUGGCUAUGUUGUCAAGACAGUUUACUAAAUAUCUGAAACGAAAGGGAAAAGAGAGGAAGGAUAGAAUUGAUGAAGAGUUGAGAAGUUCAUCAAAGAAUAUGCAAUGUUUUGAAUGCAAAGGAUAUGGACAUGUUCGUUCGGAAUGCGCCAAUCUACAAAAGCAUAAGAAGAAGGCCAUGAAUGUUGUCACUAGUGAUUCUGAAACUGAUUCAGAUGAGGAAGAAGAAGAUCUGAAGAAUUUUGUGGCUUUUACAACUUCCGAUUCUAGUUCAGAUACAGAUUCUGCGUCAGUCUCUGCAUCAGCGUCUGCAACAAGGUCUGCUUCAGCAUCUGCAACAGGGUCUGCUUCAGCAUCUGCAACAGGGUCUGCAUCAGUGUCUCCAACAGGACCUGCACUUAAAAGUGAAAACGAUGAAUGCGAGAGUGAUGCAGAGAGUAUUGAUGAUGAAGAAUUUGCUGAGAAUUACAGAGUUUUAUAUGAGCAUUGGCUUAAAAUGGUUGAGGAGAAUUCUGUGUUAACUAAGGAGAAACUCAAGUUAGAGGCUAAAGUCAUUGAAGUACAGAAAUAUGCUGCAGAAAAAGAAGAAGAAACAUCACAAGCCAAAGUACAACUUGAAGAAACUCAAAAGAAUUUGAGGAUGCUUAAUAAUGGCACAAAGAAGUUGGAUCAUAUUCUGAAUAUUGGCAAGAUUGAUAAGUGUGGCCUUGGAUUUGAAGGAAAACUUUCAAAAUCAGAUCCAGUGUUUGUUUAUGGUGGAAAAAUCACGUCUGGAUCAGGAAGUGUGUCAGAAACUGCAACUAUGGCAGAGACUGCAUCCGGUACAAGAACUACUACGAGAACUGGUACAGAGUCUGAUACAGGAAAAGUUAAAGAACUGCAGAGUGCACCUCAACGAGUUUUUCGACCUGUUUGCCAUCAUUGUGGUAUUGUUGGGCAUAUUAGGCCAAGGUGUUUCAGAUUGUUGAGGGAGAGAAAUCGAAUGGAGAAUGCUUAUGAUAAGAGAUUUCAUGGUCCUACAUGUUAUCAUUGUGGAGUUCAAGGGCAUAUUAAGAGGAAUUGUUUCAGAUUCAUUCGAGAAUCCAGUCAUGAAGGCUUAAGGCGCAGGAAGAUUUGGGUUAGGAAAGAUGAUUUCUAUGGAGGUGGUGUACUAGGCUAUCAACCUCGUAUUGCAAAGCGGGGAGAAUUUUCUAAGUAGUUUUGACCAUGUUGUGACUCAUUCAGGGGGAGAAUGAUGAUGUGUUUCGUGAUGUUGUUUUGGAGUUAGAACUGUUGAGUUCACAAACAUAGUCAAAAAGGGGGAGAUUGAAGAUGUAGCUGCAGUCUGAUUAAGUUGUUGAAUGAGUCAAGAAGUAAU